CGGCGACACCCGGCGGCGAGGAGCGGCGCCAUGCGGGCCGCCGCCUGCCUGCUCUCCCUGGCGCUCUGCGCCCUGCCCGCCGCCCCAGCAGGCUCCGGGCCGGCGGCUGCGGGGCGGCGGCGGGGCGAGAACCGCUUCGCGGAGCGCCAGAGCAUCAGGCCCCUGCGGCUGCUCGCCGGAGAGGGCGGCGGCGGGGCGCGGAGGCCGGCGCUGAGUACGCGGGUGCGGAGCGGCGCGGUGCGGAGCCAGUCUACUCACAUUGCUCGAGCCAGCUUCCAGGUUGAUGCUUUUGGGUCGUCUUUCAUCCUGGACGUAACGCUAAACCAUGAUCUGCUGUCUUCUGAAUAUCUUGAGAGGCAUAUCGAGCAAGGUGGAAAGGCAGUGGAAGUUAAAGGAGGAGAACAUUGCUAUUAUCAGGGAAAAAUUCGAGGAAAUCCAGUAUCAUUUGUUGCCUUGUCAACAUGCCAUGGACUACAUGGGAUGUUCUAUGAUGGAAAUCAUACAUACCUUAUUGAACCAGAUGAAAAUUUACAAUUUCAGGAUGACUUCCAUUUGCACUCUGUUUACAAAUCCAAGUUGUUUGAGUUUCCUUUGGAUGACCUGCCAUCUGAUUUUCUGGCAAUGAAUGCUACAUCGCAGAAGUUUGUUGUAAAGCCAAGACACAAAAGAAGUAGAAGGCAGGUUCGUCAAAUUCCACGUAAAGUUGACGAAGAAACAAAAUACAUCGAGUUAAUGAUUGUAAAUGAUCAUCUAAUGUGUAAAAAGCACCGCUUAUCAGUCGGCCAUACAAACAGCUAUGCUAAGUCAGUUGUGAACAUGGCAGAUUUAAUUUAUAAAGAACAACUUAACACCAGGAUAGUGUUGGUUGCCAUGGAAACCUGGGCUACUGAUAACAAGUUCACCAUAUCUGAAAACCCCUUGGUGACCCUACGUGAGUUUAUGAAAUAUAGGAGGGAUUUUAUAGAGAAAAGUGACGCAGUUCACCUUUUUUCGGGGAGUCGAUUCCAGAGCAGUCGGAGUGGUGUAGCCCACACUGGUGGAAUCUGCUCCUUGCUUAAAGGCGGAGGUGUGAAUGAGUUUGGAAAGACAGACUUAAUGGCAGUUACCCUGGCACAAACCUUGGCCCAAAACAUUGGCAUUUUCUCAGACAGAAGAAAACUAAUAAGUGGUGAGUGUAAGUGUGAGGACACGUGGUCAGGAUGCAUAAUGGGAGACACCGGGUAUUAUCUUCCAAGGAAGUUCUCCAAGUGUGAUAUUGAAGAGUAUCAUGAAUUUUUAAAUAAUGGAGGUGGAUCCUGCCUUUUCAAUAAACCAACCAAGCUUCUGGAUCCUCCAGAAUGUGGCAAUGGCUUUGUGGAAGAUGGAGAAGAGUGUGACUGUGGGUCGAUAUCAGAGUGUGCCAGUGAGGGAGGAGAGUGCUGCAACACGUGCACCCUGACGGCAGGCUCCCAGUGCAGCAAUGGGCUUUGCUGUCGGAAGUGUCGGUUCGAACCUAAAGGAGUUUUGUGCCGAGAAGCAGUGAAUGAUUGUGAUAUUGCAGAGAACUGCACAGGAAACUCCAGUCAGUGUUCUCCCAAUAUUCAUAAAAUGGAUGGAUAUUCAUGUGAUAACAAGCAGGGCAUUUGUUUUGGGGGAAGAUGUAAAACCAGAGACCGUCAGUGUAAAUAUAUCUGGGGUGAAAAAGUGACAGCUGCUGACAGGUACUGCUAUGAGAAGCUGAAUAUUGAAGGGACUGAGAAAGGAAACUGUGGGAGAGACAAGGACUCUUGGAUACAGUGCAAUAAACAGGAUGUGCUUUGUGGAUACCUUCUGUGCUCGAAUAUAUCUAGUGUGCCCAGACUUGGAGAACUUGAUGGUGAAAUCACAUCGUCUGUCUUGCAGUUUGGAAAAGUCUACAAUUGCAGUGGCGGUCAUGUGAAGCUCGAUGAGGAGACAGACCUGGGCUACGUGGAGAAUGGGACGCCGUGUGGGCCGAAUAUGGUGUGCCUUGAGCAUCGCUGCCUCCCCACUGAGUCCUUCAACUUCAGCACCUGCCCAGGCACCACAGACAACCAAAUUUGCUCAGGACAUGGUGUUUGUAGCAAUGAAAUAAAAUGUGUUUGUGACCGAUUCUGGGGAGGAGAUGACUGCAGUUCUCGCAUCAAGGAUGAUAUGUUUUUUGAUAAAGAUGCCAUCAACAAAGGUGUUGUUAGCACAAAUAUAAUAAUAGGGGCUAUUGCUGGCACCAUUUUAGUGUUGGCUCUCGUUUUAGGAAUAACUGCUUGGGGUUACAAAAACUACAGAAGGCAGAGGUCAAAUGGAUUAUCUCAUUCCUGGAGUGAAAGGAUCCCAGACACAAAACAUAUUUCAGACAUUUGUGAAAAUGGGAGGCCUAGGAGUAAUUCUUGGCAAGGUAAUAUAGGAGGAAACAGAAAGAAAGUCAGAGGCAAAAGAUUUAGGCCACGGUCUAAUUCAACUGACAGGGUAACCCAUGCAUCUGAGCCUGGGCUUUCUCUCGGCCACCAAACCCCAGCCCAAGGCAUAAGCCCAGAGGGCUCUGACCCCCCCCAAACAGGGAGCCAGGAUCACAGGUAUUUAAACCCAUGGUUCAAAAGAGAAUAUAAUGUAGCUAAGUGGGUAGAAGAUGUGAAUAAAAACACUGAAGGACCAUACUUUAGGACACUGUCUCCUGCAAAGUCUCCAUCUUCAUCCACUGGGUCUAUUGCUUCCAGCAGAAAAUACCCUUACCCGAUGCCACCACUUCCCGAUGAGGAGAAAAAAGCUAACAGGCAAAGUGCCAGGCUAUGGGAGACUUCCAUUUAGCUGCUCCGUUUUCCUGGGGUGACGUCAAGAACUGUUUACUUCAGAUUUUAUAGAAACUCAGCAUUGCUGAGUCCUUGCACAUUCAUCUGUUCUUCAGACAAUGGGAAAGAUCAACACAGAUGCCCGUGAUCACAAUGGGAACCUCCUCUUAUUUGGAAGGGAAAAAGCAGUCUUUUUUUUUUUUUUUUUUUUGUCAACCAGAAUUUUAUGGAUUUGAUAUUUGAUGUAAAGAACAACCAAAAUUACACCAAUUAACAGGGGAGUAUUAGACUGGACAUAUCGAGGCUGUUCCACAUGAUGAGAGAUACACUUACCUAGCAUCCCAGCUGCAGUCAGGUUGCAAGUCCCACCCAAGAGAGGUUUUUCUUGGGUUUAAUGCAGUUCCAAGUCAGACCAGACGGGGCUUGGGAAAGCGUGUUCAGGAGAACCCGGCCAAUGUAAACUUGUACGCUGUGUGCAUGAACCUUGUGUUCUUUACUUUCCACAUGUAAGGGAUAAACAACAUACCGUAGUAGCAAUUAGCAUGCAGGAGUAAGAAAUAUAGGAUUUUUUUUUUUUUUUGUGACAGGAUUUCAAGCUUUGAAAGGCAACUCUUUGAACCUAAACGUCAAACAAACAAACAAGGAUUAUAUCUUUUUUUUUCUUUUUUUUUUUUUUUUACCUUACAUGUUUAUAAUCUCAGUAUACAGAUUGUAUAUAUGUAAACAUUUGAUAAUGUCAAAAAUAGCUGUUAUACAUACGUGUAUUUUGCCAAAUGCCUAAAGAAACAGUCAUGACUAACAUCAUCACACUUCAAUUUUUCUAAUAUUAUGAGCAGACAACUGUGGAAAUACAGAAAGUACAGUACUGUAAAACCAUGUCUCUCAGAAACUGGUGUUUGACCAAAAUCUGUACUAUCUUCUAAGUAACCGACAAUCUCAAUUACACGGUGGAACACAGAAAUCAGUACUGUAUACUUUGUCUUAAAUCAUCGUAAGGGGAACCAGCCAACAUAUGCUGUCCAGUGAGAUGACCAGAGUAUUCUCACACCGGUGCGAUCAAGAAUGAUCUUCUAGACAACAGAGUCUUGAACUAACCUGCAGUACAAACUUCCUGAAAAUUUGGGAACACUUUGACAUUGUCAAUUCAGGAUGUGGUGGUGCGAAGGCCUUCUGGUGAGACUCGCCGUAUAUUUCUGACAGAGCAUUUCAGAUGCUGUUUUGGAUGGCAAAGUGUAUCUUAUGAGAAACCUAACAAUUUCACUGCACUAGAUAAUAACAAUGCUGGGCAAGUGGCCAGUUUCAUUGCUGUCUUUUUAUUUGUUUCUGGAAUCUCCUUUACCAUGUGCUAGGAUGCUCUGCUUGCUGCCCCUGAAGUCCCCUUGACAAUUUUUUGGGGCUAUGAACUGAGUACAAGUGAGUUUAGCCUAUAAAACAAACCAACAAACAAAAAAAAACAACAAAAAGCCCAACACCUUUACCAUGGAGAUGUUGGUUUCCCGAAUAAACGGAUGGUGAGAUUUCUAGUACUUGAGAUUUUUAAAGGGUGUUGUAAAAACAAAUGUGGUAAUCUGACUGGAAAUUUUCAUUCAAUAAGAAAACCGGACCACAUCAAUUCAAUUUAUAAUUCUCCAGCUCGCCAAAAAUGACAGAUUCUUAGCUUCAGGUAGUGCCAUUACAGAAUAACACACGAUUCUGUACGGAGCAGUUGAAUACCUUGCCCAAUGACCGAGCGAUCAAUUAGAUAUCAUUGUGAUGGGAACAUCUGCAGUGUUUCUGAAUCUUCUACCUCUUUCAUGUAUUUCCUUUAAAAAGUGAACCCAACACUUUCAGCCUUUUAAUAUAUUUUUUUAACUUUUAAGUAAGUCAAUAAAGUCACAUAUAUGUAAGAUUAAAUUAAGAAAUGUCAGCAGCUAUAAAGUAAGCAAGAUUUUUAGAAGCACUAUAUUUUAUGAUUAGGCUGUGUGUUGGAUUAUAACAAAAUAUUGACCUUGGAGUUCAAAUGAUUUCCUUCACAGUCGACAAGUUCUGGUAAGUAUUUUGGAGAAAGGCAAAUAAGAGCGAGUACAAGUACAAGACAGAACAGCUGGAAGGAGCCAGUCACUUGUAAUUGCUUUAGGAAAUGAUUCUGCACUUUUUUGAACAGUAAAUAGUUGGUAGCACAGAAGAAUAUUUUUUUGCAAAGAUUUACUUUGAGUGUAGGUAACUGGAUUGAAGGUAGUUGGUAGUGUAUAGCUCAUGAAAUAAGGGCCUGAGCCAUAAUCACUUGAAAUCAAUAGAAGUCUUCUAUUGAUCUCGCUGGACUUUGAGUGGGACCCUCAAGUUCACCCUAAUUAGGAAAUUAUGCUAGCCUCACAGCUCUUGUGUUACUCUGUUGCCUGGAAGCUGUUUUCCCCUUCCACGUUAGUAUCUUGUCUCUAGUAACUGGACUCUUCAUCAUGUGCCUUUUAUGAUAUUUUGUUUGGUUACAAUCUAGCAUGUAAUUUGAAUAAUCCUGUUAGAUUUCUGUGCGUAUUUCCUGUUUACCACCCUUUACUCUUCCCUUUCCAUUUUGCCUUAUCAAGAAGCAGCAAGAUUUGGCAAACAGAACUGGAUGUACCAUAUUGGCUGUUUGUGUAAUAUUCAUAGCUUAUUGUUUUGAAAACAAAUGGCUCUCCUGACUGUAUUUUCAACGUACUAUGUACUUACAGCUUCUCACGUGUUUUGGUAUAACUCAUUCAUAGCAUAUGAUGAUACAGUUGUGUCUGUAGCGUAACUUUAACAGUCACCUUUACAUUUGGGGCUAUGUCGUGACUGGAAGUCUAGUUAUGAGCUCUAAGUUUAAGUUAAAUAAACAUUGACUUUCACUUUGAUGGUCUACAGUGAGAAUAUCACAAACCUUUCAUUUUUGCAAAAUUCUUCAGCAGAGAAUUUUGCAUUAACUUUGUAGCUUGGAGAUCUUGUCAUGGCACAAAACCUGAACUGUUUUCAGGUUCAGCCCAGGAAACUGGGCUGUGAGAACCUCUUAAGCCAACGGAGGUCAAAGAAGAAGUUGCUUGCUUGCAUUUCUGUGGUUUAAAAUGCAGUGUGUUGAAAGCUGCCAGAUUUGUAACCUUGAAGACUGCAUAUAUUUUUAUCAAUAGUAGUUGGUUACACUGGCAAUAGCAAUAUAAAUUGCCGCAUAAUACCUCAUCCAGUCUACAAUAGAGCACUCAUAUUGUCAAUAAGAUAACUCAGUCAUUUUGACUCAUUGAGACUCAAACUUUUAUUUUUCUUUUAGUAAAUUAACUAGUUUUUGCCAGCUAUGCUGUAGAAACCUGUUGAAGUGGGUGGUGGUGGUGUGUAAUGUCUAAUACAUUACAAGUAUUUGUCCAUAAGAGCAUACAACCAGCAGGAUGAGCUAUACUUAGCGUUAUCUAUUUUAACAUGUGGGAGAAAAACCUUGUAUAAUUUAAAACAAAAUUAAUAUCACUAACUGAUGGCGACUGAAAGUUACAGACCGUAUCCAGAUAAUAAUGUUGCACAGUGAUGCUGCAAUUUAAUAACUAAAAAUAUACCUGCUAGUUCUGGAUUUGUUAAGAAUUUGAUUAAUCCAUGCUAUUGCCUUUUGGUGAACAUAGGCAGUAUAUCAGAAAUGGUUUGGACUGAUAAUUCACAUAUAAUUUUGUUACCUGAUUUAAGUAUGACAUGUAUCUUUGAAGACAGCCACUUCCAAAUGGUUUAUAAGUUUUGUUCCUGAUUUAUGAUGCUGACCCUGCUAAGCUGAUGUACUCAUUAGAUAAUUUUGAUUAUGCAAAUGAACAAAUGGAACUUUGGGCUUUAGCCUGAAUUAAAAAGAGAAAAAAAAUAUGUCAAUAGCUAGUGUGCUGAAGUCCUCUUACCUGAAUCACUGUUGCUGGUUUUAAAUGAACUGAGCGGUCUUGUCAACAUCAAUGUGACAACUGUUUUCAAAACCAGGGCUAUGAGUAGGUACAUACACUAUUACAGGCAUGCACGUACUACAAAUUCAGACCAAAUUUACAUUCGUUUCAUUAGUAUCAUGGACAUUAGUAUCAUGGACACGCUCAACAUGAUAAAGACUCUUGGCAUGUGAGAAGAGGCGAAUACAUCAGGAUGUAAUGUGACACGAUGAUUCCGUAAUUCUGUGGGAUAAUAGGUUAGCUCUUAGCAUUUGCUCUGUCAUCAAAUCCCAUACAGAGCUGUUGUAGCCAAACUUACCAAAUUCCGGUGUAAACCUGAGCAAGCUGCUGUUCCCUUCUCUUCUAUCCCCUUUUUGCUCCUACUGAAAAGCAUUCCCAUGAAUGAUAAUUUCAUUCACUAGCAACCUCUUGUGUUGAUUGACUAAGAUCAAAAUGUUGCCAAGUGAGUUGCCUUUCCACACAAGAUAAGGUCUUUCCAGUGCUGUUAUUACAUCUUUUGCACUUGCUGCAGUACAGGUGAAAGAGCCUCAUGUCUCAUUUGCAAUUUGCACUGGUAAAACCAUUUGGUGGCUGUCAUCCGGUGUCUUUCUCAUCCUCUAGCAUUUUGGAAGGAUAAAUCUCUUUUAUCACUGUGAACCUAAAAGUCAUACUACAUCCUAAUUUUCUUCCUCCAACUCUCAAAAGUAUCCACUUCUUCCUCUAAGUCGUCUGAAUAUCUGUAUCAUUACCACAAUGUGUUACUUAUAUCAACCACAAUGUAAAGUUGAUUUACCUCAUUUUUAAGAGCUUGAGCAUUCUGGUCUCCUCUGCUGCCAGUCUGACCCCACUAUUUGCCUGGCUUCCAAACCAUACAGCAUUGAACAGCAAUAUGGGAUUUGACUUCAAUCAAAUUUCCUGAAGACAAAUGUAAAUAAAUUGCACGUUUGUACAGCUUGUCAUCCUGUGACUGCAUGGUGGGGUGAAGUUCCUAUGUGCAAAUAAAUAGCUAUCAUGGAGCUAUAAUAGAGCAAGAAGAAAAGGAGGACAGUGAAGCUGAUUGUGUAGAUACAGUUGCAGUAUAGAUAGGACUCUUAGGUGUGACCACCUGAAACAAGAAAUGAAGUGUCUACCAUUGACACUAAAAACUCCUUUGACCCAAAUAUUUUCCAAGUUGGCUUAUGAAAAAUAUUUCGGUACCUCAGGUAUGGAUGCUGAUGUAGACUAAAGCUUUGGAAACAGUAGCUCCUACAGCCAGCAGGUGGUGUGUUGUCAUUCCAGAGCAGUUUCCUGCAAUUGAUUAGAAAUGCACUACAACAAUCAACACAAAUAGGUUGUUAUCUCAGAUGAGUAACCAAAACGAGCAGUAAAAGUAACUUCAGAACACAGAAAUGUGUUUGGUUGCUCAGACUCAAGAAACUCUGUCCCUGACUUUCAAAUCGGCUCACCUGUCUGGGGCUGGCAUUUUUAGUUCUCUAAAAUACAGCCUACACCCAUUUAAAAAUACUUUAGUUAAGCCAACUCUAAACUGGUUGAAAACUUUGGUUACAUAGACAGGCUGUAACUGCAAUAUAACUCAGCAUGAGAUGAGGAAGAUUGGUGAAAAGAAGUACAGAGCAAUUAAAAAGAAACAUUCUCUAAAGGGAGAAGCAGAGGUGUCACACUAUUUUUAAUUACAGAGGCAUAAAAUGUCAAAGCAACAAGCUUUUUUUUUUUUUUUUAAUGUUUAUGUAUCCUCUGAUUAAAAAAAAAAUGAAGAGUUUUGGUUAAAAAAAAUCUUAACUUGAGGCCUUAAGACCUUAUAUAUUCUAACUUUAGCAUGGAGAGUCUAUUUUUACAACCACAUUAGGAAUUCUGUAUAUAGGCCUGACUGACCAUUUAAGUAUAGUGGUGCUAGCAGCUAAUCAUGCAAUAUCGUAAGGCUCUGUAUAACAGUAAAUGCUGAUUUAUUUUGACUAUUGGUACAAGGACUCCUGCUCACUGCCUGUGUAGAGAAUCUAAAUAUUUUAUGCUUGGAAAUACAGUCCAGAACAUAUUCAAACUGUGAAUAUAUAACCUGAUUUUUCUUUUCUUAAGGGUAAAGAUGUAUUACAAUAGGUAGUGUUUUAUAUAGAAUACAGUACUUAUUUUUAUUGUUGCAUAAAAGCAAAAUAUUUUUUUCGGAAUAGCAAAGCAUUACAGAAUUUUUAAUCUGCUGGAGAAAACACUAUUUACAGUAUGAUGUUCUUUCAGCAAAGCUUUGGGGGUGGUAUAUACCAAUUGGCUUGGCCAGCUUCAUUUUGUGCUAACGUUUAUCUUGGGCAUUGCUGUAAGAAAAAGCUAUUUUUUCACUCACGCUAGCCCUGACUGGUAAAACAUUCAGAGAGGCAAGGAGACUUGUGUUUCGCCACUGGGGCUGGACUAAUGUUUGCAAAACCAACCAAUCUAUGUCAUAUUGUUGUCUUCGCUAAUUAAAAUCCUUUAAAAAUUGUACAUGAUGUAAUAGAAACAUAGGAUUUUGACAAACACCAAAAGAAGCAUUGCAAUUUACAACUUUCUAGCUUUGAGUGUGCUAUUUUUGUCAUCAACAUUACAGGCAUUGGGCUGUUGAAGUGAAUGAAUCUGGCUUUCAUGUAGCUAAAAAAAAUUGUUGCUUUUUAUAAAAUAAGAUCAUUGUAAUUUGGUUCUAAAUUCCUGCUCACUUUUAAUAACAGCAUCACAGUAUCCACUUCUAUGAGAGUAUUUAAUACAAAUGCCUGUGGUUUUCAAUGUUACUAACAUAUUGUAACAUCAGUAAAGUGACUUUCAAUGACAA